GAGGUUUCACUCUGGGGAUUAUUUUAACAUGUUUCUGAAGGUUCAUUUCCACAUGCAAAUAAAUGCAAAUAAAUGCAAAUUAGUGAGGGGAAAACAUGGAAGAGGAACCUGGAAGGUCCAGGAAGAAGAAACGUUAAAGAACCAGUUCAGGAGUUUACUGGUUUAAACUGGACUUCAGCUCACUGACUGGAAAUCAGUGAUGUGUUGCUGGGAAAUUGAGCAUAAAUUAGGAGGUGUGUGAAGAUGUGUUUGUACAGAGAGAAGUGAUGAAGAGAUAAAAACGUCCAAAUGACGGAAUAUGCAGAGUCUGACCUGCAGCAGCCUCCUCGUCCUCAUUUCUCUGUUCACGGUAAUUCUGGGUCAUUUUUAGCGUCUCUGUGGCUGAAGCAGAACCUCUGCUGGUUUUAACCUGGAGACUCUGUCUUCAAUCUGGAGACGUUCAGAUUUAGAAAACUUGCUGCUCUUCCUUCCAGUCUGACUGACGACGUUUCUGAGAGAAACUGUCAUUUUGCUCUGGUGAGUCUCAACCUGUUUCUGUCGAACUGAUUCGUCACCUCAGGUCAUCCGCGUUUUUUAACAAAGUUUCCCCGUCUGACACACGGCGGCCGACGGCUUCCUGACAUGAAAGGCCGUCUGAGCAAUCGGGCUGAAUGAGUGUUUUUCAGCUGACGUCUGCUGCUGGUGACCUUUAACCCACUGCUGUCUGGAACGCAUCACUGGUGGAAAAUCGCUGAUCGUUGUUCCAGUGGCCGUAUUUAAGGGUUUUCAGAACGUGAGGAGGAGACGCUCUGUUUCACCUCGGCGUGCUGAAAAGCUCGUCUGACACCACAGAGGCUCCGUCGGCAUCCUGCCAGACUCUCAGCUCACUUCUUCUUCCCUCAGCAGGAAGCGAUCUGAAAUCUGCCUGGUUUUCAUGUUCAUCAUCUGCAGCCUAUAAAAAGAGUUUUAUCUUUUCAUUGCCUUUUGAUGACGCCACUAAUCGGAAACAUGACCAAUCAGCCCAUCAGGUUCAGGAAGUCCCUGCGUCAUCUGAAGGCUGCAAUGUUCCUGUUAGUGGAACCAGUUUUAUCAGCUUCGUAAUCAGAGUCACCGCAACAGAACCAAAGGAUUAGAACCGCUGCUGUUGAUCCAAUCCAUGAUCCAGCAGAACCAACAUCAGGCUGGACUUAAUUCACUUUAUUCAUUUAGAGAUGAUUUAUACCCAGAUCCAUGCAAUCAGUCGUUGAUAAUAAGUCAUCCCAGCCACUUUCAUUCAGUUGUUAACGGUUGUUGAAGUCAUCCAGCCUUCAUCGUCUGUAAAUGAGCUGUGAUCUCUUCCAGCAGAAAGUGAAGCUGCGUGUAGCUGAGCAGAAGAAGACCAACCCACAAUCAUGACGAGUCAGAUGGAGCGGAUCACGGCGCUCCACUCCUCCAACAUCACCCCUACAGGAGGACCUGCAGACAACACAUGCAUCGUCAACGACCAGAUGGGCCCCUUCAUCGUCCUCUACAUCCUCAUCUUCACCUUGGGCCUGCCUGGGAGCCUGCUGUCCGUCUGGGGGUUCAUCCAAAGCCGCAGGUCUCAGCAGAAGCAAAGCACCUACGUCUUCCUGGUCAACCUGCUUGUGGCCGACAUCCUGCUGCUCUUUGCCCUCCCAUUUAAGAUCCUUAAGGACCUCGGGGCAGCGUCAUGGAAGCUCAUGGUGUUCCACUGCCAGGCCAGCGGCGUCAUCAUAUACAUCAGCCUUUACGCAUCCAUCGCCUUCCUGACCUUCAUCAUCGUAGAUCACUACCUGAAGGACCACGACAAGGCGCACUCUCUGCGGCUGCAGGAGUCCAGCUUCGCCUGGCUGUUGACGAUGGUGGUCUGGAUCUUGCUGCUGCUCAUCAUGGUCCCCAAUAUGGUGCUUCCCACAAAGGAGAACAAGGUGACAAAGUACCUCAGCUGUUCAUCUUUGAAGGAGAAAAUCAGCCUCCACUGGCACACGCUGACCGUGUUCCUCAACACGGCCCUCUUUCUCAACGCCUCUGCAGCCGUUCUCUUCUCCAGCACCCUGGCCAUCAAAAGACUCCUGCACAGUCACAGCGACCCCAAACUGUGGCUGGAUGCCAGGAGGGUGGUGCUGAGUGUGACGGCCAUGGCGCUGGCCUACACCCUCAGCUUCGUUCCCUACCAUGUGGUGCGGAUGCCGUACACUCUGGCCCAGGCCGAAGUCAUCAAGAACUGCCAGACCAAGAGGCAGCUGUUUCUGGGGAAGGAGUCCACGCUGUUCCUGAGCCUGCUCCACGUCUGCCUCGACCCGCUUCUCUUCUUCAACCUGGAUGCUGCGUUCAGAGAAACAGUCAGGAGGCUCCUUCACCGCAGCAGAAACCAGGCCGUUGGUGCAGAGGAGCAGGAUGUGCAGGGAGUGAUGCUGCCAAACGUUCAUGCAGAGGAGGAUACUGCGGUCUAAUCACAGGUCUACAAAGACGAUGAGCAACAUUGCAGAUGCUGCAGCAAAUGUUCCAGAAACUGGAUGUUUAUGGUAAUUUAAGAACAAAGACCGACAUUUGUGGCAUUGUGUGGCGCAGUGGUUAGAGCUGCAGUUUGUAUUCUUGAGUUCGAGUCCUCACUUCCUUUGCCGCAGGUCUAUCUGCCAUUUGCUGUCAGAUUACUGUUGGAUGAAUGCUAGUAGUGCCAAAAUUUAUAAAAACCAAACAAAAAAGCCAGACUUUUAUCUUCUGAACAGGUUUAAGAUGGUUGAAGUAGAAAACUACCAGGACUUAACUGGUAAUAAAAAUGAUCCUGUAUCUAUAUUGUUUUUCUUGUACUGUCUGCACUGCCUUUGGAGCUUCUCUUUAUGACUCUCUAUGACUUUAUUCUCACUGUACCACAGUGGGAAUAAAUUUGGAGGAAUGUUAAUUGACAUCAUGGAUUCACCCUCCAGAUCAACAUCACAACCCUGAGACGUGAUUACACACAAGCUGGUGAACAGUUCAGUGAAUCGUUCAAAAUUUAAGUGCAAUCAUUUAAUGUCAUUGUUUUUAUGUAGUUCCUGGAGCUGCUGUCAGCAGUUUCUGUCACAGUUAAAUGCAUUCAUCUGCUUGAUGUGUGAUGGCUUGUUGAAUAUUAAACUAAAUUAAAUGCAA